GUUAAAUGUGCAACCAAAAAAAAAAAAACAAGACACAGCUUUGUUAUUUCGUCUCUGACUAGAAAAUUUAUGAGGUUUCAUAGAUAUUUGCGAAAAAGUUCUUAAAAAGCGCUGAAAAUAUCGGGUAAAAUGUCGGCGUUUUCCGAAUCGGCACUUUUAAAGAAGCUGGGUGAACUGAAUUCAAGUCAGCAGAGCAUACAAACGUUAUCAUUGUGGCUAAUACAUCAUCGCAAACACCAUGCGUCAAUUGUGAAAACUUGGUUUAAAGAGCUACAAGCAGCUAUUUCUGAGGGUAAAAAGCUGACGUUUAUGUAUUUAGCCAAUGAUGUCAUACAAAAUAGUAAGAAAAAAGGGCCUGAAUAUGGCAAGGAAUAUUCACUUGUUUUGCCCAAAGUAUUUACGCAUAUUGGUGAAACGUGCUCGUCAGACAAACUCUUCGGUAGUCUUGGUCGGAUUUUGAAUAUUUGGGAAGAACGUGGUGUUUAUGAUUCCAAACAAAUUGUUGAAUAUCGUGCACGUUUGAAUAAAGAUCAUAAAGAAGCGGCUACAUCCAGCAGCAGUGCUGGAGCCGGCAGUGAGCCCAAGACAAAUGGUAGUUCUAGUAAAGACAAGUCUGAGAAACGCGAAAAACGUAAGCAUGAUGAUGGCAAAGCAGCGAAAGUGAAAAAACCACGGCCAGCAGCCAAUACAGAGGAGAAAGCAAGUACUGGACAAAAUGGUGAUGCUGAACACCUAAGCCCAUACCUGCCAUUAGGUGAGCCGCCAGAACCAGAAGAGCUAAUCAAAGCGUUGGCAAACAUUGAGAAUUCUGCUUCGAGUGAUGCUGUGGUGCGCGAACGAAUCGCGAACUUACCACCAGAAAUAUCCGAAAUCAGUUGUCUUAGCAAAUUGGAAGACAAAGAUGCGGCUAAAGCGUUGGCUAAACAGGUUAACGAAGCUGUGCAGCUGUUGAAUGAGUAUAAUACGCGUUUGGCUGCUGAAAUGGAAGAACGUACAAAGUUAGCUUCUAUGUUACGCGAUUUUCAAGCGGAACAAAAAGAGCUAUUGGCUCAAGCAGACAAACGUUUAGAGGAGUAUAAGCAAAAACUAAGUCGAAUGGUUGCCGUUCAAAAGGAAAUUCGUGAUCAUCUUUCCAAUUUGCCCGAUUUAACACAGUUACCGGAUGUGACUGGUGGCCUGGCGCCGCUACCAUCAGCUGGCGAUCUCUUUAAUAUACAUUAAUUCUAAUACUUUAAUUGUUUGCAUUGUCCUUUUAAAAAAUUAAUUAUGUAUAUUUAGACCAAAAAAUGAAUUAAAAUUUAUUCAAAAUUUGGUUAAAAAAGUUGUGAAAGUUUCAAUUACAAUUUAUCAAUUAAUUAACUGCGAUUGAUAUUAAUUUCACUUAGUAUGGCUAAAUAUGUUAUGUAUAAAUAAAAUUGAAUAAGAAAAAAAAAAA